AUGUCACCAACCAAAGACUCCAAACCGCCCUCAUUCUUCGUCUCCCUCCCCGUCGAAUCCGUCAAUUCCUCCACCGAUUUCUACAAAGCCCUAAACUUCACCCCUCUGUCCGACUUCUCCGAUGACAACACCACCGCCCUCCGCUUCCCCUACUCCGCAAACUCCAACAUCUGCCUCAUGCUACAUGCUCCAUCGCGCUUCCAAGAGUUUAUCCGCAAGGGCUCAGAGAUUGCACAGGCGAAGAAGGCGACAGGCGCAAUAUUCACCCUCGGGGUGGGCAGCAGGGAGACCGUAGACGGACUGCUGGAUAAGGCACAAAAGGCGGGCGGCAAAAAAGAUCCGUUUAAGAUGAAAGAGUACGGAAAAUCCCUGGGGAUAUACACGAGGAGUUUCGAGGACCCGGAUGGACACAUUUGGGAAGCGACAACGAUGCUGGAGGAGAAAGGAAAGGAUGAAGAAUGA